AAGAUACUGGGCCCAGAGAGCACCCAGAGACUGCGGUCUGUCUGGGCAGCACAGCACACCAGGUUGGGGCGUGCAGGGAACCGAGCUCUGGGAGGCCCCACUGCUGGGGUGAGGCUGGAUGCCAGAGUGGGGAGUGAGCAGUGAGACAGCGCUGGGCACCCUCACAUUUCCGGGGCCGGGCAGAAGUAGCCAGAGGAGGAAGUUGAGCUGGCUUCACAGGACAGACGGGUCCUCGUGCUGCUCCAGCCCUGACCCUCGGUGGCGGCCACCCAGCAGGACAGGUCUCUGAGCAUGAGAGUACGUGUCAUUGGCCUGACGGAGCCGGGACUCGGGUGUGCCAGGCUCCUGGCCCCUGCCCCAUGGUCAGCCCCAUCCCAAGCCAGCCACAGAAACCCAUCUGACCAGUCAGGAAGGCUGUGGACAGCCAAGGCAGUAGGAGGAAGGAGGGGGCCCCCUGCCUGUGGCUCCCUGCCAGGUGGGUGGUGAAGUUACGGGGGUCCUGACCCUCCUCAACAUACCCCGUCAUCCAAUACCUGUUGUCCCAGUCACUGGGUUGACCCUGGGGCUAGGAGCAGAUGCCAGGGGAAGGUAUCUGAGACUGGCCACAGAGCCCUGUGCCUCAGCAGGUGGUCGCUGUGUGUGCCUGAGGCCUCCUUGGGGCCUUUUGGGACUGGCUGUGGCCCGAGGAUAGAAACACACCAACUCAAACCAGGCAGGGACAAGACACUUGGACACACAUACUGUAACUGAGCUACAGAGCAGAGCCCUCAGGACUACAGGCUGGUGCAGGUCCUGGCAGGCUUCCUGGAGGAGGUGAUACUCAAACUGACAUCUGAAGAAUGGGCAUCAGCCAGUAUGCUGGUGGAUCCAGUUGCAAGCCCUUUGUGGCUGAAAGGGGAGCCCACGCCUGCACAGCCACCACCUGCCUCCCUGCUGACUCGUCCGUGCUUGGCCAGUAACGCGAGCCCCAGGGGGGGAGCUGCAGGGUCCUCUGGGUCCACCCCGACCCCGGCCACCUGCUAACCAGGCAUAGCCAACGAUGCAGGAUGCUGCAGCCAGAAGGAUCCCAGGCUGCCGAGCCGGGGACAGCUGCUGGGACCCGGCAGGGUGACUGCAUCAUCUGCUACUCGACCUAUGACCUUACCGGACACCUGCCACGCCGCCUCUACUGCGGCCACACCUUCUGCCAGGCGUGUGUACGCCAGCUGGACACGCCGGCCCAUGAGCAGCGCUGGAUCCCCUGCCCUCAGUGCCGCCAGAGCACACCCACGCCCCGUGGGGGGGUGGCCAUGCUGGACCUCGACCUGGCCACCUUCCUGGCGAUCAAAGCCAAGCGGGAGCCGUCUCGAACAGAGCCCCAGCCCCCUGCCCCCCUCAAAGGCAGCGCAGCCAUCACUCAGCAGCCGGCUGGGCUCUGCCCCAGCUUGGGACCCCAGCCCCACUUUCCCCAGCCCAGAUGCUGCUGCUGGAGCUGCGGCCCCCUCUGCUGGGGCCCCCCAGGCAGCCCUGAGGUCUGAGCUCUGGCCGCUGCCACUCUCGGCAGGGAGCUGCUGCCUGUGGCAGGCGUGCUUCAGAACUUUGCUGGCAGGACAGCCUGCCUGGGACAGGCUGGGCACAGCAAACUGGGGGCUUCCCCUUGUGGAUCCCCACUGGCCACAGCCUGAAGUCGGCGGCUUUGCUCACAGUACAGUGAGACUGUUGGA